AUGACUCUAUCACGCAGCACCAUUCUCGUGGUCACGACGCUGCUGGGCAGCGCGACAGCGAUCAACAAUGGCCUCGCUACUACCCCUCCAAUGGGCUGGAACAACUGGAACGCUUUUGGAUGCGACGUCUCCGAAGACCUACUCCUUACAACCUCCGCACAGAUUGUGAGCUUAGGCUUGCGAGACUUGGGUUACAACUAUGUCGUACUGGACGACUGUUGGCAAAACCCAAAGGGUCGAGACAAGAAAGGAAAACUUCAACCGGCUCUCGACAAGUUCCCCAACGGCUUGAAGUCCAUAUCAGAUCAUCUCCAUAGCCAAGACUUCAAGUUUGGCAUGUACAGCAGCGCUGGUGAAAUGACGUGUGCGAGAUUUGAGGGCUCGCUAGAUCACGAGGUCGACGAUGCAGAAAGCUUUGCAAGCUGGGGUGUCGAUAUGUUGAAAUACGACAGCUGCUACCACAUGGGUCGUGUUGGCACACCUUCGGUCUCAUUCAACCGCUUCAAAGUCAUGUCAGAUGCUUUGAAAUCAACAGGAAGGAACAUUCUCCUCAAUCUGUGCAACUGGGGAGAGGAUCUUGUCCACACAUGGGGAAUGAGUAUCUCAAACAGCUGGCGCAUCACUGGCGACAUCUACGACUCUUUCUCUCGUCCCGAUGAUCUAUGCGGAUGCAACACCGUAUCACCGGGCGACGUCAACUGCAUAGCACCCGGCACACAUUGCUCAGUCCUAUUCAUUCUCAACAAAGUUGCGCCCUUUGCCGACCGCAGUAUCCCCGGUGGAUGGAGCGAUCUCGACAUGCUUGAAGUCGGCCAAGGCGGUAUGACCGACGAAGAGUACAAAGCACAUUUUGCUCUCUGGGCUGCCAUCAAGUCUCCGCUAUUCCUCGGAAACGACCUGCGCAACAUGCCAACUUCCGCUCUCACCAUCAUCAACAACCCAGCCAUUAUUGCGCUGAGCCAAGAUCCCCAUGGACGAAGCGUAACGCGUGUUCGAAGGGAUACGGAAGGUGUGGCGAAAGACGAAUGGGGUAUGGGUGAGACGCACGUGUGGGCAGGUCAUCUCCAGAACGGCGAUGAAGUCGUGAUCCUGCUAAACGCUGGUGGCGAAGACAUGGAGAUGAGCGUCUCCCUCGCUGAGAUCUUCAUUCCCUACGGACCUGGUGGAUCAGCCCCACACGUAAAGUACGACUGGGCGAUCCACGACCUCUGGGCCCAUCGCAUGCCCGAAGCGAUGGCGGAAGAGCUCCUCGCAGCGGCCUCGCACACCGAGAGAGAAUCGAUCCUGUCAAAGGCUGAUUGGUACAACGCGACUGAGACCCCUUACGCCAAGGGCCUCGUUCAGGAGGACCCGCGGCUCUUUGGCGAGAAGAUCGGCGUUGUUGAGGCUGGUGGCAGGCUCAAGGCAGACGUCAAGAGUCACGCUGCUCGCGUCUUCCGACUACGAAGAAUCGCGCCAGAGGACGAUCAGUUUGAGGCGAAGAGUAUUGCGAGAGAAGACGGUAACGAGAGGGAUGAAUUGUAA